GGCAAUUAUCUGUCCCCUAAUAAACAAACCUAACCUCAUCCUGCAACCCUGACUACCUCUACCUAAGGCAUCUUAAACGACGACAACCUAACCUCCUAACUCAAUUUUCGGACCUUUUUUUUUUUUUUCUCCCGAUAGUAUUCUUCUUUUUCAUACUUUCUUAUGAGACUGAAAUAUUUACUCUAUGGUUUCAUCAUAUCCAUUACCCUCAUCUGAUGUCCGAUACUACCUUUAACUCACCUCCUUUAUUCCCGUAUUCAAGAGCAUUCGACACAGUUAAGGAUUCCAUAAGUCUACCUAGUCAGAUAAUUCAAGUCGACUCGGUAUCAUGCCGCCCAAUUCAUUUUGUGAGUGGGCGGCCGGCCGAAAUGCACCGCAGCAUUUGACACAUAAAAAACCUCGUCCAGUUUUUGCAGUCCAACUUGAGACCGACGAUGAAUACGAAUCUGACGUUUUGAAGAUCACCUAUCCCAGAACGGGACGGGAUAAACGUCAACAUGGAAAGAAAGUCCGAUUCACGGACGAUGCCCGUAAGGUUGGAGUCAGGGAACCAUUUAUUCAACCUUCACUCGACUCGGAUUCGGAUGCCAGCAGUACAGCAGUUGAAGUUAACAGCAGCGAAAGCGAAGUAUCUACAGACCAAGAUUUAGUCCUAGACUGUCCUUGUGCAAACUGUGCUGAAGCACGGAGAAGGCUGAAAAAGACAAAUCAGUCUAAAGGGAGGAGUAGAAAACAGCAUGUCGACUCGUCCGCAAUUGGAAGCAAGAACGAUGCAGCUGCUAUACACGCGAGGCACAAAGCAAAGAAAUCUAAAGAAAGAGAAGCAUGGGGAUGCAGAGGAAGAAGUAGCAGACGGAGAACUAAGCAAAAGGCUAAGAAAGUCUAUAACAAGUCGACUGGUCAGAUGGAUAUGAACGAGUCUAGCACCGGAAGUGAGACUGAUACCGAGGACGGAACUGGAGAGGACAUCGAAAGUGAGUCUGAGUCCGAGAGAGGACCCCACAAGAAAAGGGGUAGGGGUAGGAAUAAGAGCAGGGGCCAGGAGCCCAGGCGAGACGGGCAUCGCAGGCGGGGUAGUUACAGCAAGAAAUCAAAGCAUGGCGGCGAGAGGAAGAAGCAACAUAGGCACGGCAGCCGGGACAGAAGCAAGGAGAGAAACCUGGACAGAGGCGACAGGCAGCAUGGCUAUAAGCGUGAUACUUGGGAGAAAGAAGAAGCAUACCGACAAGAGAUUUCACCUGAGUAUCAUAUUCCCCGACAGGUCAACGAAACCAACAAGCAACGAACGAAGGAAAUCGAGGCUGGUGUUCGGACCAAUCUGGACGAAGCGAAUCAAUAUCUGCCCCAGAAUCUUCGAUAUCCACCACAACAAGCGAAUUUUCUCAUGCCACCUCAUCCCCGAGUGUUGCAGGUUGAGCAUGCUGUCGAAUUACCUAACGAUCCUCGACCCAAUGCCUUCUUUGAUGGAGUGCAUGGAAUCAUGCGCGUAUACCAUGGACCGCAUUACGGCAACGCAUAUGGUCAACUUUAUCCCAAUGCUCCUUAUGUGAAUCAGAAUCCGACCGUUAAUGUAUCAUACCCAAUACAUAAUCCAUGGCAAGCUGCUGGAUUACAGCCUUUCCCCGGAGGACAGCCUGCACCACCACCUCCUCCACCACAGCAACAACCUCUUCCUCCGCAUGAUCAUUCCCAACAACCUCCAGCCGCAAAUCCGGGGGCACCUGGGGGAAAUCCCUGGUUCCAAGGGUAUGGUAGUGUAACAAUUGGCAAGCCUCCUGAAGAGACCCAGGGAGCCAAUUUUUCACCGGGUAACAAUCACAGGAACAACGGAACUUGGUCUGAUCAACAUAGCACACCUACUAAACCGGCCGAACCUAACUCAAGAAGUGAUCGCGGCGGAAAAUCGAAUGUCAUCCCAAGUAUCGAGGUUAUUGAUUCUGAGAGACCUCGGGGUGGCAGAGGGACAAGGAACAAGCCUUGGGGCACUCAGGGUGCCCAUGGCUCGCAGGAGGCCUCCGAAUCUAAGGAAGAGGGGAAUAAUGACAGCAAGGAUACUGACAAGGCCGGGAAUUCUGGGCAAAACGAGUCGUUCGAUGAUGUGAUUGCUAGGGCAGAGGCAUUAUAUAAGUCCAACUCGGAACGUUUCAGCCCUAUACCACCAAACGACAAUGACCAGACCGGAAACGGAACUUUUGGUGAUAAUAACGAUGGGGGAUGGGGAGGUACCACCGGCUGGGGUGACAGCAAUGACGCGGCCGCGGGUGAUAACUCGUGGGGUGAGAAGGAUGCGCAAGAAACGGCGACAGGUGAUGCAGACGCCUCUAAACCGACGGAAGGCGAUAGCAAUGACAAUUCUCCAGGGCCAGCUGAAGGCAAUGUCAGUGUUGAUAAUGUGGUAAAUGGCGAGCAGAGUAGCAGCAACAACAACAACAGCAACGGCAGUAAGAAUGACGGUGACAACGGUAGCGGCGACAAUAAUGAUAGCAACAACGGUGGAAACAAGGGUGGUAAAAGAUCUAAAGCUGGCCCGAAACGCGGUACUCCAACUAGGGGACCGCCAGGAUGUUGGGUCAGUAAUCCGCCAUCAGAGAACGAGGAUGCGAAGCCUCCCUCCGGUCAAGAUAACGUGGGUCCCCAUACUGGCGGCAACGGCAACGGCAACGGCAAGAAAGACAAGGGCAAGGGAAAGCAAAAAGGAAAAGGUAAACCCGAUGAUAACCAGGCUUCCGGGAGCGGCAGCGGUAAUGGCAACGGUAACAACAGCUGGAGCGGAAACGCGAACUGGGGAGAUCUGGACGUGGCCCAAAGCUCCGGCGGCGCUUUCGAUAACGACGACGACGAGAACAAGGACGGCAAGGAGCAGCAGGGCGUCGAAUGGUAGAGCUUAUACGAUUACGCCCGCUCUUCUUUCAAACUGUGGAAGUAGUCAUUCCAUAGUCGUCCCUUCAUUUAUUCCCUUUUCUUUCUUCACUAAAUCGGGUUGGUCUUCUGGGGAAAAGUUAUGGUCUUAAGGGCUAUCCUGGUUGGGAAUUAGAGCUGCUCUAUGAAUUGC